UUCUUUUACCUCCUGAAGCACUCCCAGUCAUUUUCCCCCCAACUCAAAGAAAAGCAAGCUCAAUCCUCCACAGAUCCAGCAGUAGUCAAGCAAUCUAACCUUCACACCCACAAAAUCGAAAUCUCCUGCCUCAGAUCCACCCAAAUCAGUCAAAGAUGUCUCUCUGUUGGCCCCCAUUUGAGCAGAUCUAAUCCUCCAAAAAUCCCCUCUCCAUCUACUAGCUUGUGAUCUACUAGCUCUGAAAAUUCACGGGUCCUCCUGUUAAUCAAGCUGUUGAUUCUCUGCUGCAUCCAUAUUACGUUUCACUCCAUCGAGUGAAUCCUACUGCUGGCCCAAGGCUCUUCUGCUCUCUUCUCUUUGAGUGGAACAAAUAGACAUACACUGAAAAGCUUCUGCACUUAUUUGGGAAAAGAGAACGAAAGGCAGUGGUAUCAAUAAUCAUUUACAGUUUAAUCCAGACAAGGAGGAAAUUAAUUAAGAAGAUUAACCAUGUCACUAGAAGAAGAGCGCAGUUGGAUGUAUAGUGGGUGGAGUGAUGACGGACGACACUCUCAGGAGUGGAUGCGCAACACAAAUAAUUUUUUGGCUCAUGCUUUUCAAGGUGUUCGUAAUGCUAAGUUUGGAAUUCCCUGUCCUUGCUCAAAAUGUCGCAAUGGAGUCAGGCGAACAAAAAAUUUAAUGACCACUCAUCUUUGUCAACGGGGGUUCAUGCCUGGCUAUUUUAGAUGGACUGAACAUGGGGAAAGACAUGUUGGGGUGUCUAGAAUAGAGGAGACUUAUAGUGCCGCUGACCGCUUAGAUGACAUGUUGGGUGACUUUGGGGAUGCAGUUCAUAUUGAUAAUAUAGAUGAGGAGCCCACUGCAGAUGCAAAAGCGUUCUAUUCCAUGUUGUCAGCCGCACAAGAUCCGGUUCACAAUUUAACUUUAGUAUCACGUUUAACUGCAGUAACACGUUUGAUGGGCAUUAAGUCACAGCAUAAUCUAUCUGCAGAAUGCAUAAAUAAUAUACUUAGCUUGUUUGGAGAUGUUCUGCCACAAGGACAUAUCAUGCCAUCUACAUUAUAUGAGUGUAUGUGUCUUUUAAAAGGACUCAAAAUGCCAUAUGUGAAGAUUGAUGCUUGCUAUAAUAAUUGUAUGCUGUACUAUAAGGAGAACAGUGACAAAGAGUACUGUGAUUUCUGUGGGGAACCUCGGUAUGAAAUUGUUCAAGAGGAAAACACAGGUAGAAAGUGUAAACCAAUUCCACGAAAAGUUUUACGUUACCUCCCAUUUAUACCAAGAUUGCAAAGGAUGUACAUGGAGCCGGAAACUGCAAAGCAUAUGCAGUUUCGUAAGGAAGGGAAACGCGUUAAUCCAGGACUUAUGGUGCAUCCAUCUGAUGGUGAGGCAUGGAAAGAAUUUGAUAAGAUCUUUGCUAACUUUACAAUGGAUGCACGUAAUGUUCGUGUUGUAUUAGCUACAGAUGGCUUCAAUCCAUUUAGUUUUGGAGCUACACAAUAUUCUUGUUGGCCAGUUUUUGUGGCACCUUUGAACUUACCUCCGUCUCUCUGUUUAAAACCAGAAAAUAUAUUUCUUAGUCUAGUGAUCCCUGGACCAAAGCAUCCUGGCAAGAACAUGAACGUUUUCAUGAGACCACUAGUUGAUGAGUUAAAGGAGGCAUGGCAAGGGGUACAGACUUAUGAUAGCUCUCUCAAGAAAAAUUUCAACAUGAGGGUGACCUAUUUUUUCUCUGUACAUGACCAUCCUGCAUUAGGCAUGUUUUCUGGAUGGUCUACACAUGGUAGCUUGGCUUGUCAAGAAUGUAUGGGGGAUAUUCAUACAAUUUGGCUAGACAAAGGGCACAAGUAUAGCUGGUUUGAUUGUCAUAGAAGAUUUCUUCCCCUUGACCAUGAGUUUAGGGAGCAGCAUAAUACAUUUCAAAAAGAGACAACAGUGCAUGACAUGCCUCCACAUAGGUUAAAUGGGGAAGAGGUGCUAGCAUAUAUGAAUAAUAUCAAAGAAAACUCAUUUGAGGGUUAUGGCGAGACACACAAUUGGACACACAUUCCUAUCUUGUGGGAGCUGCCAUAUUUCCCUAAACUUUUGCUUCGACAUAACAUCGACGUCAUGCAUAAUGAGAAAAAUGUUGCUGAAGCAAUUUUUAAUACAUGCCUUGAUAUUCCCAAUAAGACUAAGGACAAUAUCAAAGCUCGCCUUGACCAAGCUGAAAUAUGCAAUAGAAGUCAUCUAAACCUUGUAGAAAAACCAAAUAACAAGUGGGAGAAGCCUAUUGCAUCAUUUUGCUUAACAAGGGCCCAAAAGAAGGAUGUAAUGAAAUGGUUUAUGGAGCUCAAAUUUCCAGAUGGGUAUGCAGCCAACAUAAGGAGAGGGGUUAACAUUGAGCAAUUAAAAAUACAUGGUCUCAAAAUUCAUGACUACCAUAUAUUUCUUGAGCGGCUAUUGCCUGUUAUGCUUCGAGGGUUUGUACAUAAUGAUGUUUGGGAGGUAUUAGCCGAGCUAAGUUAUUUUUAUAGAUUGCUUUGUUCCAAAGAAAUAGAUCCUGUCCAGAUGCUGAAAUUGGAGGCAGACAUUCCUGUCAUAAUUUGCAAAUUAGAGAAAAUUUUUCCCCCAGGGUUCUUUAAUCCAAUGGAACAUCUAAUGAUACACCUUCCUUAUCAAGCAAGAAUCGGAGGUCCUGUUCAAUAUCGUUGGAUGUAUAAUUAUGAGAGGUUCAUAAAAAAGGUUAGACAAAAAGUUCGCAAUAAGGCACGUGUUGAAGGAUCAAUUGUUGAGUCCUAUCUUGUUGACGAAAUUUCAAGCUUCACUUCCCUGUACCUUCCUGAAACUAUAUCUAACUCACGAAAUCGACCUCACCGCUAUGCUCAACAUUCUGUUAUGAGCACAAGUAGCCUAAGCUUAUUCCAAGUUAGGGGAUGGAAGGUUGGAAGAGGGAUAUCUAGAGUGUUAACUAUGGAAGAAUACAAGACAACAAUGAUAUAUAUUUUGACAAACAUGGUUGAAAUGGAUGAGAUUAUGAAAAAAUUUGAACGUGAACAAUGGAGGCGCUCGAGACCACCAAAUCAAAAGGAAUUAGAUAGAUUAAGGCGAGAUGGAGGUGGUAAUAAUAAACCCAGCUUGCUGGAUUGGUUCAAAACUUUGUGCAUCAAGGAUGCAAGCAUAUGUAAUGAAUUGCGCCACAUUUCACGAGGAUGUAGCUUAAAAGUUAAGUCAUAUGACAUGUAUGAAGUUAAUGGGUACAGAUUUCGAUCUGAGAAGUAUGAAAAAUCUAGGGGGAAGCUUGCUACUAUUAAUACCGGGGUACUUGCUAUGGGAGUUGACGAUAUUACUAAUGAUGAGCUUGAGUAUUAUGGUUUUAUCAAGGACAUUAUAGAGCUCAAAUUUGAUGGUGAUAAUGAGUUUUCUCUUGUGUUGUUUGAGUGCCAUUGGUUCCACCCAACUGAUGGAGUGAGACACUUGAACAGAUUUGGAUUAGUCGAGGUAGCACAUGCAUCAUCCAAUCCUACCAAUGAGCCUUUUGUUCUUGCUAACCAAGUAACCCAAGUUUAUUAUGUUCCAUAUGCAUGCACUUCUGAUGAAACUCUUAAUGCAUGGUGGGUUGCCUACAAGGUGGCACCUCUAGGUAGUGUACCAACUCCCUCAAUGGAUGAUUACAGCGAUGCACCUCAAACAACUAUAGAUGUCUUUUAAGAAGAUGGUCUGCAAGGUGACUUAUUUGUACAACUAGGAUUUGGCCUUGAUAACAUUGCACCUCGAGGUUCAGAUGAGGUUGAUGACCCAGAUGAUUUGUUUGUCCUAACGAAUCAAGAACAUUCUGGUAGUAUAGGGCAUGAUCAUCCAUCUGAUGAAGACGAAGAAAACAUGUCUGAUACAGAAUCAUGUCCUGAAAUAUAUGUUGAAAAUUACCAUGAAGACAUUGAUGAUUUGUAAUUUUAUAUUUUAGUAUUGGUAUUAUAAAUAUAUAUUGUGAGUGCAUUCAAUUCACCAAACAAUCCUCCCUUUCCUUAUUUAUAACUUUGCAAUUUACAAUAUUGUCUAAUUCUCAUAUAU